AUGCUACCAAAGAAGAAAGGAAGGCCAAGGAAAAAGGUCCACUAUAACCCAAAUCAAGCAUCAGGUUCUAAAUUUGUUAGAAGCAAAAAGAAGUUGGGGAUAAAAAGAGGUGGUGACAUUGUUGAAGAUAGAGUUCUACUUGAUGAGCAUGAUAGUUUAGAUGGUCAUGUUGAAGGUAGGGGAUGUGAGGAACAAAUGAAAGAUUUGUUUGACAAAGAAGAUAUUGAUGAUAACAAUUUGGUUGAUAUGAUGUGCACUUUUGAAGCUUGUCUUAGCCAACCAAAGUAUAAUUAUCAGAAAGGUGAUGGAUUCCAAGAUGCAAUGGAUGCUAUUAUUCAAAGUAUUCAUCAUGCUAAUUAUGACAAAGGUGUUGAGGAUGUUGGACCCGAACUGAAAAAAACACUUGAUGGGGUUAAAGAUGCAAUGGAUGCUAUUAUUCAAAGUAUUCAUCAUGCUAGAGAUGGUAUUAUUCAAAGUAUUCAUCAUUAG